AUGGACGAUUUCUCCGCUGAGAGCUGGCCUUUGGAGGACAACGAUUCCUCCUCCAGGUUUAUACACAGAAAAUAUAUCACCAAGGGCUCCACUGAGCCUCCAGCUGUAGCUGGUAUUCUCUCCCUCCACAACUACCGCAAAUCACUCUCCCACGACCGCGACUCCAGCUGGAUCGACGACCAGGAGGGGAAGACGAAGACGCUGAGGCGCAAGAACGCCUCGACGAAUCUCAACGAAAACGACCAUCAUGCCCAGGGGCAUGUCCAUUCCUCCACCCCUACCCCCUCGACCACAUCCACAUCCAGCCCUCCACCCUCACUAUCACGCUCCGAUUCCCCAGGCUCGACUCUGAGCGAGCCAUUUCCAGACUUCGAUCCCUCAGACAGAGACAAAGACACCAGAGACCCAGCACCAGCAGAGCCAGAGCAAGAGCCCAUUCCAUUCGCAACCCCACGCCCUCGACCAUCCCCAACAUCCACCACAAUGAUGUACGAGGGCACACCAUUCGAAAUCAUGAACCCGCAUGAGUCGCUCGUCGUGUCGCGGAUAGAGUCGUAUAUGCCCGAGCCCGAGCCAGAGCCCGAGCCCAAGCCAUCAAUACACGAACACGAACAUGAACACGAGGAGACCCUUUUUUCUCACGGCUUGGACCCCGGUCCCGGCCAGAUCGAAGCGCUGUAUGCGACUUGGAAUGAAAAGCUCAAUAACCCCACGGCAAUCGUGUACAGCGAUUACAAGCCGAAGCGGAAACGCGCUACGCUUUUGAAGACGCGGAAGGGCCAUGGGCAUGCGCAUGGGCUUGGGCAUGGUCGGAAGGUGUCGGCGUCGUUUAAGCGGCUGAAGUCGUUUUUUGUUUUUCGGUCGUAG